AAUUGAGUAUUUCGUUGCACUAUUGCUUGUUUGUCACUUGUCUCUUCCACUCAGGGAGUUGGGACACGAAGGAACCUUCUCCCCGUCUCCUUCCCUUCCCUGUAGUACGUGCCUUAUCCUGCUUCUGCUUCUUCUUGUCUCUGUGGUGGUGUUAGCAGAGUAGUAGCAUAAGAGCUUGAUUCAAAAACUUCUUUAAAGAGAGAAAGAUGGAUUUAGGUGAGUUAUGGGCGAUCUAUGGUCCCGGCUUCGCCGGUGCCGUAUUUGGUGCCGGUUGGUGGGUCUGGGUCGAUGCCGUUGUUUGCAGUUCCGUCAAGGUCUCCUUCGUGCAUUACCUUCCUGGGAUUUUCGCAUCAGUGGCCGCUCUGAUGUUCAAUUGUGUUAGAAGAGAAGACAUUGAUUACUCCCCCUACGAUGAAGGAGAGUGGAGAUUGAAGCUUUGGCUUUUCUUUGCUUACGUUGUAUCCUUUGUAUCUCUAGCGGCGUCUGUUGGGUUAUUAAUACAAGAUUCACUUGUGAAAUCUGGUCCUUCAGUGUGGACAGGGGUUGCAGGUGUCCUGCAAUGUGUGUUUGUUUUGAUCAGUGGGCUGAUCUACUGGACAUCUCAUUCAGACUAAGAUGGGAACUGUUGAGCCGAUGAUUUGGAAUGGAAAUUGAGUGCAUGUCCACUCUAAUUUGUCUUUCCACUGGGGAAAAAGAAAGUCUCACUUCUUGUGAUUCUUUUUGGGAGGAAGGUAGUCUUCUGUAAAUGUUUCUGUUGAUAAUCUUGACUAUCGAGUAAUGUACAAAUGUUCCCAGACUCAACCAAAAACUGCUCAUGUUGAUAUACCACAGUUAAUCAAAAAAAAUUUGGGUCCUCAGAAA